AUGGCGUCCCAAUCUUCCAAAACUCCACCUCCACGCGUUAGCCGUUGGAACGAAGCAGCGAGUGAGGCUGAUGUUGAUGUCAUUAUCACCCUCAAGCCGGAGAGUGUCUUCCAUGCUUCUGGUUUCAAUCAAAUCAUCACUUCGGACCCCCCGGGGGUGAUUGCGCCGGCCAACCGUAAACCCAUCCUGCUCGUGAACGUCACACGGCUGCUGACAGCCGGAGAGAAGUCUUUCUUGCCGGAUAUUCGUGGUUAUGGCCGCAGCUAUAACGAACCGUCGUUCGCAUCUGAUUUGUUCGGCGGAAUUUUGAAAGUCAUGACUGAACUCGGUCUCAAAAGUGGAAAAAUUGGUAUCGAAUAUGAUAGCCUAACGGUGAAACACUACUUUCGUCUUGGCGAAAUUUUGCCAAAUGCGACGUUUGUAGACGUCACUUCGAAGGUCUAUGGCUUUCGACUUAUCGAGGAUCCGGACGAGAUCGCCAACGUGCCCAUUGCCGCCGAGUCCGCCACGGCCGGACUUACAGCCAUGCCGCUACAAGGAAUCCGCGUCUUGGAAACGGGCGCUACGCCCGCUGCCCGCCUUGCUGGAGUGCUGCUCGCCGAUCAAGGCGCAGACAUUUUUUCGCUGGACCACGGUCGUCUAUCAAAUGGCGGACUUGACGACUAUCUAGACCGUGGGAAACUCCUGCUGCCGGCUGCAGUCCUUUCGAGUGUCGAGGGAAUUGACAUCAUCAUCGCUGGAAGCGAACCCUCCGCGCGGUCAGUUGAAUCACAAAUCUCUCUCAGCUUUCCGGCGGUCGCACCCGGAGAGGUUGAAUUUGAUCUGCCGCCCGAUGCCAGUGACGACUUGCUGAAUGCUCUGGUCGGCUUCUAUACGGACCUCGGCGUAACCAGCAAGCUGCUCGGGCGCAGCGUGACCUAUACACCGUUACCGCUUUGCACAGUCUACGCUGCCGUGCUGGGUGUCGUUGCGUCUAUGGCGGCACUAACCGAUCGCGAACGUUGCGGCGUAGGCCGCGAUAUCGUGAUCCCGAGGCUGGCCGCAGGGCUCUCGGCGGUUGGCGUGCUGGCGCUCGACCUUGAGGGCGUCGAGCCAUACCUCCUGCCACCUGGGCUGCUUACCCUCCCGCCGGAACUCAUGGUCGAGGUGCCCAAGGCGCGUAGUGAUGAAAGCCAUAUGAUCUGGCUCGUCAACAGACUAAACCCUACGGCUGGUUGUUAUCGCAGCGCCGACGGCCGGCUCUUGACGCCGGUGACGACUGUGAACCGACGGUUGGCCAUUCGGAUGUUCGAGCUGCUGGGGCUUUACAAGCAUGUAAAGGAAAUGGGCAUUGUCGAUGCUUCUCCCUAUGAUCCGGCGAGCGAGCUCGUCGCGGACCGCAACAUCGCAUUACCUCAAGGGAUGCGAAACGAUUUGAAUAUCAAACUUGCGGCAUUGAUGGAGAAGGCCUUUUCAACGAAAUCCGCGGUGGAAUGGGAAGAGCUGUUCGCGGAGGCGCAGGUUCCUUGUGCCAUCGUCCAGGAUUUCCCAGAAUGGAUGAGGAGUUCAUGGGCGCGAGAGUCCGGCCUCGUUGAGGAAAUCGCCGGACUGGACCGUCCUCAGCUAGGACGCUCAGCCAGCGUCCAGUCCGCCCAACCCUAUCCCCCCCUUCAACCCGGACGGCGGCUGGCGGCGGCUACAACGACGUCGUCGAAGGUUCAACAUCCGUCUGGCGCGUCUGGCGCGUCUGGCGCGGCUUCCGCUGGCCUCAAACCCUUGGUUGGCUAUGUGGUUGUCGAUCUCGCGAAUGUCAUCGCGGGUCCCGCCUGCGGCCGCCUUCUCGCCGAACUCGGCGCCACGGUCUACAAAAUUGAUACGACCCGACCCGAUCAUCAGCCGCUCGUCACGAUUAUUUGGGCUGGUGAUGUCGGCCAGGGCAAGCAGAGCAUUCUCGUCGAUUUGAGGACCCCGGCAGGGCGUGAGGUUCUCGAGCGCCUCGUGGCCACGGCCGACAUCGUCGUCAUAAAUGCGACGGACAGCGGGACCGAAAGACUUGGUCUGAGCCGAGCGCAGCUGGCAAAAAUCAAUCCCCGCGCGAUUGGAAUCCAGGUCAGCGCCUUCAAGGGCGAGCGACCGUCGGGCCACGACGACCGCCCCGGGUAUGACCCGCUCUUGCAGGCCGCAACCGGAAUCAUGAGCCGCUUUGGCACGAAGGACAUGCCUCUGCUGCACGGCAUCGCCUCCUGCGUCGACUACCUCACCGGUUACCUCGGGGCCUUUGCUGCACUUGUGGGCCUUCAAGCUCGCGAGCGGCGCGGCGACCAGAAAGGCGACUGGACCGAGACCUCCCUCGCGCGGGGAGCCGCGCUCGUACAGUUUCCGUUCCAGGCCGGUCCGGGAGCAGCGACAGCACACGGGCCGAGAGCCAUUGGCCCGAGCGCAACCGCCCGGCUCCAUCAACUUACCGACGGUUGGGUCUUUGCCGAAGCCACCGACGAUCUGUCGGAGGCAAUGCGCGGUUUGACGGUAAAAGAAGCAACCGAGUUUCUGCGAGAACGAGAUGCGUUGGUCGUUCCUGUGCUCACUAUCGCGGCGCUCAAACAAAGGUAUAUGGAUAAACCCAGUGAAACGGUCCGAUUCCGCCGGACGAAAUGCGGUGGACUAGAAACCACGGCUCUUGAGCCUACAUGGUUUCGCUUCAACGGUCAAAACCUCGCGCCGGUCGCGGCAGCCGUCCCGCCGGGUAGCGCAUAUACUGAAGUCCUUUUAUCACUCGGAUUUACCUCUGCUGAGAUUCAAACCAUGCUUACAGAGAAGAUCAUUGGCCAACCCAAUUGGCGCCAUCUGGCUGAGAAUAAGGAUACUGAUAUGCAAUGA